GCUCACAAUCAGAUCUCAUCCCGACCUGCACGGACGUGUGCUGCGGAGACAUCGACAGUUUUUAGUUGAUUUUUAAAAGUGAGUGCGAUAUCUUCAACUAUGUCGGCCCGAGAAGCUGCACAGAAAACGAGGAGCAAGCCCCGAAGCUCCGCAUCAAAAGCUGGUUUAGCUUUUCCCGUUGGCAGAAUAAAAAGGCUGCUAAAAAAAGGAAGAUAUGCUAAAAACAUCGGCAUGGGUGCCGCCGUUUAUCUCGCAGCAGCCCUCGAAUAUUUGGCCGCCGAAGUCCUGGAAUUGGCUGGCAACGCUGCCAAAGACAAUCAUCGCAAACUCAUCAACCCGAGGCAUCUUCAGCUGGCCAUUCGCAACGACCAGGAGCUGGACAAGCUGCUAGCUCACGUUACCAUUGCCCAAGGAGGAGUUCUCCCGCACGUCCAUGCAGUCCUGCUUCCAAAGAGAACUGCCAAGAAGCCGAAAAACGAAACCGACGGAGCGGCAGAAGACGAUGAGUAAUUAUUUAAUAAUGUUAAGAACUCUUAGAGUUAAAAAACUUUUUUCAAAGUUAGAAACCU